AUGUCUCUCUUACAGAGUGCAUAUGGGUCUCAUCGAUGCUGCUGCACACAUCGUAUCGCUGCUCAGUGUGAAUGUUUGAAUGACGCUGCCCGGGAAACGGGGGCUCUAAUUAUCAUGAAGACUAAACGGCAGCCCCACGACGCGGUGCGCGGGGAGGGGGUACUGGGGAAGGAGGGUAGUGCCCCUGCACAUUCCUUGACUACACCGCACAGCGGAAGUCGUAGUUGUUGGCUUCUGCAGGAGUGGCCCCGUUUCAUAUGGCGCCGCAAGCCGAUCUGCGGCUCUUUGCUGGCGUGUGGUGCGUUAUGCCUGUGA